UUAUUUUGGUAAAACGGGGAAAAAGUAUUUCUUUUUUACUUUCCGACAGUUCUAAGUGAACCGUUAGAAAGAGCUGUCAUAACGGAGUCUUUUUUUUAUUCACGUUUGAUUUUUUUUAAUAUAUAUAUCAAUUAAUGCGUCCGACCGUCAGGAGAGAUUUUUCUUAAAAAAAAGCUAAAUUAAAAAAAAAUAAAAAACGACCGUCCCAUAUGGUCGGCUGAUGGUUAAUUAAAUUCAACAAGCACACAUGUAGCGAGGAAAAAAACCGUUGGUGGGUAGGAGACGAAAAAAAAAGAAAAGAAAAGAAAAGCGCGUGGCUCUUUGGUUCAAAAAGGCGUGAGAGGCGCGGAUGGAGUGAAGCCGGGGGCCAGGCCGGUAUAUAAAAAAAAGCAGUUCGAAGACAAAAUGGGUAAGGGAAAGAUGCCGCGUUGCUCCUGCAACAAGUACAAAUACGAUUUCAACGACGGCAGGGGACGAUAUCCGGCCGGCAUCCAGAAGGAGGACCUCCUUUGGGCCUACUUCGUCAUGAGAAUGGUGUUGCAGAUCUGCGAGGUGCUCAGCGACCCAGAACUCCUCAAGAGGAUUCAGGACAGGCAGAAGACCGGUCCAGCGACCAUGUUCGACCUGGCAAUGAUGUGCUGCGCUACGAAAAACCCUGGAGCGUUCCAGGAUGCCGCCAAUGCAGCCAGAGCACAGAACGCCGCCAACGCCAACAAACCACCUGGCGAAUCCAUGCCAGAAGACCAGGGCAAAAAACAAUAAAUUAAAAAAAUUCACUAUUUAAAACAA